AUGUAUCCUCCCGACGGUCACCCUCUCGGCGACUUGACCCUCCUCUCCAUGUCUCCACUGGAUCAUCAUGACAUUGAAGAGACCCCAGGGCGUGCUUGGAUCAUACAGUCGCGUGUCGAACUGGGCCAUGUCGUCAAUGAUUGGCCCUCCCCUCCCGUCCUCCCUGGACCCCUCUCCACCGUCGCCCAUGGUCGGCCGCAGACGGUGAUGCCUGCCCCCGCCCACCAGGUAGUCCAUCGAAUAGACCUUGCUCAGCUCGCUCAGGGGCGUGGCGUGGAGCAGCUCCUGCCCGAUGCGCGGCGUGUGGAACCGCAGCAGCCCGUCGUCCCUGUCCCCCUCGCGCAGGAAGCGGUGGACCCUGCCGCCGGCGUCGUCUGGCGCCUCGAGCACCGGGUGCAGCCACCUCCCGGCGCGGGAUGCGUCGUCGACGGUGGCGUCGUGGCCGUCGACGUGCGUCCAGCCGUCGUCCUCGUGCUCGCACCACCGCGCCGGCAGGCCCUGCGUCAGCUGGUCGUGGUUGGCCUGCGGCAGCCCGUUGAGCCGGUAGUCUUCGCCCGUGAACCACUCGUCGUGCGGGUCCCCGAUGCUCACGGCCUGGUUCUGCCACAGCAGCGGCGAUCCCGGAUCCUCCGACAUGGGCAUCGUGCGCUCCACCAGCCACGGGUACGACGCCCGCCCCGUCCAGCCGAGCCAGCUCCAGCUCGGGAAGAGCCGCUUGCCCGUCGCGGGGUCGCUCCGUCGCGUGCUGGGCCCCACCUGAGACCACAUCAGCGCCGCCGCCAGUUCCGUGUCGGGGAGCCCGAACAGAAACUGCCCCUUGAACGCCGGCUCGAGGUGGUUGAGCAGCCCCGCCACCGCGCGCUCGGCGCUUCGCACGUCGGGCAGUUCUCGCCCCGUGUACUCGGCCACUAUGCGCGCGUAGACGUCCAUGUUGCUGGCCUGCUGCUGCUGCUGCUGCUGCUGCUGCUGCCUGCUGCCGCCGACGACGGCCGUAUCUGCGUCGCCGGUCUUGGGUUCGAGGAGCGCGAGCCGGUCGAGGAGGUGGACGCUGCUGCUGCUGCUACUGCUGCUGCUGCGGCUGCUGGGGAGAUGGGCGCCGUCGUUACAACACGACCCACCCGCCUCGUCCUCGACCACCUGGCCGUGGCCGCAGCACCACGUCACGCACUCGUCCGUCACCAGCAGCCUCCGCCUGGACAGGACCUGCUCCUGCAGGGUCCAGGCGCGACUGCCCCAGCGGCUCCGAGCCGCGCCGUAGUCCUCGCACCUCGCGCCGGCGAACACGCUGCCGAGCAUGCUCCCGCCCACCAUCUCGACGACCUGGCGCGUGUUCAGCCUGGACCCGGGCUCGACGCCGGGGAUGCCGUGCGAGGCGUCGGCGCCGCAGCAGGCGCAGAUGGUCAGCACGCUGUCCUGGAAGAUGCGGCCCGUCUCGCGCACCGUCUCGACCUCGCGACCGCCGCCGCCAUCGUCGUCGUCGUCGUCGUCGUCGUGCAUGACGCACAGCGCGUCCACCCACAGGUACCGCUCGCCGAUCUCGCGCACCAGCUUGAUGGCGUCCUGCACGGUGCGCGGCACCAGGUCCCAGCAGUUGAGGAGGCCCUUGGGGUGGCGCAGCGAUGCCUCGUUGGCCCGGCGCAGCAGGAGCAGCGGCACGUCUGCUGCCUGCUCCUCGGGCACGUAGCUCAGCGCCACGUAGCUGUCGUAGUCGCUCAGGUUCACCACGCACAUCUGCACCACGUCCACCGCCCGCACCGUCGCCUGCGCGUCGCGCUUGGGGAGGAUCGUCGCGUUGCCGCUGUCGCUCGGCCCGUCGCAGUCCUCGCAGUCUCGGAGCCGGUCUCGGAUCCAAUCAAAGUCCAUCUCUCCGGGGGCGCGCAGGAAACGUCCGGUCUUGACUCGGCAAGGUUGGUUGGUAUUAUUACUAUUAUUAUGGAUGUUGUUGCUGUUGUUAUUGCUGUUGUUGUUGUUAUUGUUGCUGUUGCUAUUGUUACUGUUGCUGCUGCUGCUGCUGCUGCUGCUGCUGCUGCUGCUGUUGUUGUUGCUUGUCCCGCACUCACCGGCGUCUGA